AUUAGUCUCCUCUACAAUGGCCGUCCGUCGCGGACCAGUAGCUUGUACAGUAGUUGGAAGGAGAGGCAAAUGAGCUGGUAAGGUUGUUGGCCAUCAAUGUCCACAAUAUGCCAUAAAAGCCAAGCCAAACGGUAGCUCAGCGCGCGCCCUUGAGCACUCGGGGCUUCUCCUUGGCCUAGAGGGUCUCCUAAUUCGUCGACAACAUUCCGGAAAUCGGGUCGCUCCGGCGAAAACGUGGAGGAGUGCUGACAGAGGAAGAGUAGAAGUCAUGGUAGGACCAAGCCGGCCACUAUUCGUUCUCUUCGGCUCUUCGAUCGUUCAGUACAGCUUCAGCAAUGGUGGAUGGGGCGCCAUCCUCACUGAUAUCUAUGCGCGCAAGGCUGAUAUUAUUAUGCGUGGAUAUAUCGGUUGGAACACGAGGCGUGCCAUUCAGGUUCUUGAUAAAAUCUUUCCCAAGGAUGCAUCAGUGCAACCUUCUCUAAUUAUUGUUUAUUUCGGCGGCAACGAUUCAAUUGGACCUUACCCAUCUGGCCUAGGCCCUCAUGUACCGCUGCCUGAAUAUAAGGAGAACUUGAGAAAGAUUGCAGAUCAUCUUAAGAAUCUGUCAGAAAACACUCGUGUUAUUUUCCUUAGUUGUCCACCUCUCAACGAGGAAAAACUUCUUCAGUCAACAAGCCCUGCAUUAAGCGAGAUAGUUCGGACAAAUGCAACCUGCCGGUUAUAUUCUGAAGCUUGUAUACAAGUUUGCGAGGAGAUGAACUUGAAGGUUAUUGACCUUUGGACUGCAUUUCAACAAAGGGAUGAUUGGAUUGAUACUUGUUUUACUGAUGGCCUUCAUUUUUCAUCUGAAGGGAGUAAGAUCGUUGUGGAGCAAAUACUAAAGGUUCUCAAAGAAGCAGAUUGGAAUCCAUCCCUUCAUUGGAAGUUUAUGCCAACUGAGUUUGCAGAGAAUUCAUCUUAUGAUCUUGUUGCUGCUGAUGGAAUCUCCACUCUUAAUCCAUCAGAGUGGACUUUUCACAGAGAGAUUCAGUGGGAUUAGACUUUGUUCUGCUCUACUUUUGUCUUUGAAUGUGGCAUUGCUUGCUUGUAGCUGUUUCCUCCCUGUUCUGAAAAGUGCUUCAUAUGGUCUUAUGGAAAUUUAGCUGUAGUUUAUCAACGUAAAAUUUAAACUCAUCUAUAUGAAAGGUUGUUCAAUAUGAUCAGAUUGGUGGGCACAAACAUCUUAUAUGCUUCAUAUUGUGUAUUUUGAAAUAUCAUUUGCUGCUUGUUCU